GAGCAGAAAGGACUGCCGCGUUUAUCCAAACAAAGAGGCGAAAUGAUCGAUUUGGGGAAGGCGGUCGACGAAAACUGAGUUUGUGCUUCAGAGCAGUGACGAAUCGGUCUCUAGGGGGCGGUAGAGUGUUUUUGACAAAGCGGACAAUGUGGAUUAGUGUGGUUCCUGAUCCACUUUGUCCCUAAAUAAACAAAAGCAACUGCGAGGAAGAGGAAGCGUCACCGGAUCCUGAGCAGCCCAGAAAGACCCCCAAGGACCCCUGAAAUUCUUCCUCGUGUUGGUGCCAAAUCCGUGGCCAUGGAGGCGCAGUUGAAGCAGCGUGUCUUCACCGGCGUUGUCACUCAGCUGCAGGACCACUUUGGGAUGGUCGAUCAGGAAGUGCACUUUCAGAUGAGUGUGGUGGUGGGCCGGAUACCCCAGCUGGGGGAGAAGGUGCUGGUGAAGGCAGUGCUUGAUCCAUCUGUAUCCGUCAGCUGGACCGCGCAGAGGGUUCAGGUCCUCAAUGGCCAGCCAUUCAAAUCUCCGCCCCCCCUUCUGCCAUCUAUGGCGCCAAGCCAGAAGCCAGGGAUUCUGGGAAAUAAGCCGCAACCCCUGCUCAAAUCCCCCAAAAUACCCCCACUCAUACCCAACAUGCAGCAGACACCCCCGAAACCUGGUUUGCUGCAGACUCCCCUCCAAGCUCCGUGGGGGGCACCGUUCGAUGGAUGGGGCAGCGCCAACAGGAAGAGACACAACGAGGGGAUGGGGAGCCGCCGCGGGGGGCGCUGGGAGGACGGAGGCCCUUGGGGGGGUGAUGGCCUACACCAGAAAAGGCGUCGCUGGAGGGGUAUGCCGGAGGAGGGGGCUGUGAAGAAGAGUGUGCCCCCUGCUGCCCAGAGCUGCCCCCUCUUCUCCCGCUUUCCCAGAGACAGCUCUGCGUGUGACAGCUUAGAGAUGCGUAGGCGCUACCCCCACCUGCCCCUCCCCGACAACUUCUUCCACCUUCAGCUCUCCUGGACCGAGAGCUUCUCCCCUGACCACAGCUUCAUUCUCUCCGGUCCUUGCCGCUUCCACAUUGGCUUCCCCCAGCCUUCGGCGCAGGCCACGCCCACAUCCACCUCUGACUCCGCCUACACUGCCAAGGUGAUAUUGCUGUCCAUGCCCGGUGUAGAGGAGCUGUACCAGCGCUGCUGUGGCCUCUCACAAGUGCCGCAGAAGGCACAAGGGGGCGCUGUGCACCCUACCACACUUAUUAAGUUCCUGCUGGCCGAAUGCGGGGGGGAAUUCCGGAUCCUCGGAGGCCGUUGGCUCUCGCAGGCGGAUGGGGCCAGUCCCGCCAAAGACCCGCUCUCCCUCAUUCGUACUGCGGUCCGGUGUGUCAAAGAACAGGCGGGACUGGACCUGGGCCCCUGCAAUCAAUGGCACAGGAUCGCAGAAGUGAGGUACCUGCAUGAUGGCGAAGCGGAGACCACAGUGUUAUUCCUGCCGGACAUUUGGCGCGUCGUCCCCGGGGUGGAGGAGUGGGAGGCGCUGAGGACCAAGGCGGACGGCCAGAAGGAGGAUGAGGUGCAGCCCCCCCUCCCCGCGGAUCCGUCCCUGCUUCUGCACCCCUGUCCUCGGAUGAACCUCUCAGUGCAGCCCCUCUCCUCGCUGCUGGAGCCCCGAAGCUCCCAGUCGGCGGAUGCCUUCGAGGUGGGCCUGAUGGCGGAGCUACUCAGUGAGAUACUGCAGAGAGACUUUGGCCUCAAGCUCCAUGGCAGUUUGUGCCGGCUGCCCCAGAGCCCCCGUGCCAGGACUGCAGAGGGGGAGGACGGCCGAGCGCCUUCCACGGAGGAGGAGCUGCAGAAGCAGGCUGGACGAGCCCGGACAAGAAGCGGCUCAAAGGACCGCAACUGGAAACUGGGCCGUCAGCAGAGGGAAGACGAUGGGGAGAGUGAGGAGGACCAGGCGGACGAGGACACGGACGAGGAGGCGGAGGAGAGGGACCAGGGCCACAGGGAGGAAAAGAAAGAGAGGGAAAGCAGGACGACGGGAGAGGAGGGGAAGACGCAGCCUGCAGCACCGUCUAAUGUGGAGGGUAGUGCUGCCAAGGAGGGCGAUGGGAUCGUGGUCUUGCCCCGCUCCGUGCUGCUGGCCUGGGUCUUCUUCGACCGACCGCUGGCUGGCAGCCUGAGGGAAGCGGACCUGCAGGACAUUCUGCUUUCGCUGGGGCUCCACCUCACUCCCGGCCAGGCAAAGGCGCUGGUGAGCAAGGUAGCCAUAGGAGGGCAGUGUCACUACCGGAAACUGGCUGCCCGUUGGGAGCAGCCUCAGGAGCCAGAGCAGCUAAGGACGGACCCCACGGCACAAGGAAAUACUGCCCUCUUGCCUUCAGCCCCAUCAAAGUGUGGCGUUUCCACCCGGCGAUCCGGUGGGAACAGCAACGUGGACGUGGUGACUCACAAGGGGACUGUGCUCAACAUUCCCAACCUUCUACAGUCCCUGCAAAAAGGGGAGACCAAAUGCCAGGGGCUGGUGCAGUGUGUCGCCUCCCUGCAGGCCAGACUGACGGAGCUGGAAGCGGGGGCCGCCACCCUGUCAGCCCUGCGGGAGGGCCAGGAGGACCUGCAGGAGCAGUUGGAGCGGGCGGAGAGGCGGAACGCAGCCUACGAACGGAGUCUGAAGGAGAACGCCGGUCACAUGAUCACAGUCAUCGAGACCAUGCAGAAGCUGGUGGAUAAGACCACCAGCCUGACAGAGGCGUGGAGCGACGGGGAGGAGAAAGCCUGAGGGGGGGGCCGUGCCGACGGGACCCUGGAUAGAGCUGCGCCGAGCCCCGCAGAGGCGGCCGGACGGGGGGGCAUUUCCAGUCACAUCCACGUGCUCCGACAAACUCAUGCUUAACAAUAUUAUGCAGCUAGUGUACUGAAAAGAAACAUCUGUGGGUAAAGGAACAGGAGAAAAUGUCAUGUCAAGAAUAAAAAUCAAGUAUAACGUCAGUUCCUGUAAAAACAAAAGCUAAUAGCCGUAUGCUUCUGUCAGACAGCUAAGGCCGUGACGUUUUGUGAGACAGAGGUCAUUCACUGCUUUUAAAACUGUACAGAAUUAUUAAGGUGUAGGAUAUUCAGUGGCUGUGAUUAAUUCAUAAUUCUUGUUUAGGCUUUUUAUUCUGAGUUUUUGGAUUAUGGUGUUGAGAUACCAGGGCAGUUUAAUGUUAUUUUAUUUUUUCCCCAUUUAAGUUGGGGAGGACUAAUGUUUAUUCACUCGUUUUCUUAAUCAAAACGUAUAUUUGUAUGUGCACUCUAAGUGUCCGACCCCUGAAGAAGCAUUGGAUUUAAACUAUCCGAAACGUCUGCUAUUUCUAUAUUAAAGUGCUCCAAAACAGCGGGACUAUUUAGUCAUUUCACCUUUUAUGGGAACGUUACCACAAACAUUUUGCCAUUUUUUGGAAAUGUGGACGUGUUGAAUAAACUCAUUUGAUUGUG